AUGAUUCUCCAGCUUUAUCGACUUCGCAAAAGUGGGCCCCUAAAUUCAAAAGGGGUAGGAGACUCAAGGUCCGUAAGUCCUGCCACAACCACCACCCAUAAAGACAUCGACCGUGUUCACCACAUGGUGAUGGAUGACAAACGUUUAAAUGUUAAUCAAACGAAAGGGGUCCUGCUUCAUCAGGACAAUGCUCCUGUACACAAAUCUGUGAUUGCAAGGGCUGCUGUGAAUGACUGUGGCUUUGGACUGGUUGAUCAUCUUCCGUAUUCUCCUGAUUUGGCACCAUCUGACUAUUUUCUAUUCCCCAACAUGAAAAAAACCUUUGGCUGGGAAGCAGUAUCAGACCGAUGA